AUGGAAACGCUUCACUACUCCUGUAAGCUUCAGCUUCAUCUCCAACUCUGUCUUCUCUUACCUCUCCAUUUCUCUUCCCUUCUGCUUCUCUCUUCAGCUUACACUGUUCCUGAUAAGUACUUCAUCAACUGUGGAUCGUCCGACAACAUAACCUCUGCCGAUGGCCGGCGGGUCUUUGUUGGCGACCGAGUUUUCUCUGCUGGAAAAGGCAAAGCUGUCAAAAGCAGCAACUCAUCAACAGACCCUCUGUAUCAAACAGCAAGAGUUUACGAAAAGACAUCUUCAUAUGAGUUCAAAAUCAAUGAGAACGGUACAUACAUAGUACGCCUCCAUUUCUUUGUCUUCUCUUCAUCUCCUGAUCUGUCUGUUGCUCGGUUCAAUGUUUUGGCUUCUGGGUUUUCACUUUUGACCAAUUAUAGCAUCCGAAACGUUACUACUUCUCCAAGGAUUGAGGAAUUCUUGCUCACCAUCUCAGAAGGAAAUUUUAAAAUCUACUUCAAACCUUCUCAAGAGCCAUCUUUGGCUUUCGUAAGCGCCAUAGAAGUCUUUCUUGCCCCUGACAAACUCAUCCCCGAUAGCACCACUCCCAGAACUUCUAUAGGAGAUAACGUUACCUACAGUGGUUUGAUCUCUCAGGUUCUACAUACAAUCCAUAGGAUCAACGUUGGAGGUGACUAUAUCAACGGUGAUGAUUUAUGGAGGAAUUGGGUGCCAGAUGAUAAUCACUUACUCAGAUCGGCGACUACGAGUAAUACGUCCUAUAGUUCAACGCCUGAAUACAAGACCGGAAACCAGUAUUUUGCCCCAGAUGGUGUCUAUCGGACAGCCAAGCAGUUGAAUGCAAAUGAUAGCAGCAAUUCCAAUGUUUCAAAUGCAACUUGGAGUUUUCCCGUCAAUAAUAAUGCUACACACUUUGUUCGGGUACAUUUUUGCGACAUAGUAAGUAUUUAUAGAAGACCUAAGGAGUUGGAUUUUGUGAUGAAUUUUGGGUUCAAUCUCUAUAUCAAUAGGAACUAUACUAUGAUCAAUCCUUAUAGUAUAACUAAACGGUUGGCUGCUCCAUUCUGCUUGGAUUUUGUGGUUGAUUCAGAUGAUUCUGGAUUUAUGAAUUUUAGUAUAGGCCUGCUGGAGGACUCAAGCAUUCGUGACGCAUUUUUGAAUGGGCUGGAGAUUAUGGAGUUUAUGAAGGAAUCAGAUGUUGUCCCUAUUCACAGAAAGACAAAAAAACGUGUUGUUGUUGUAGUUGCUACCGCUUGUGGCGCGGCCUUUGUCUUCGUUUUGGUAGUGCUGUUCUUGUUGGGUUUGAGAUACAAGAAAGCAAAGCAUGUUGAUGGAGUAGGUUCUUUGCCGGUGCUUCAUGGAAAAGGAAAUUCUUACGGUAAAGGAAAAUCGAAUGCCUCCCCUGUUCGUAAUGUUAACCUAAAUUUGAAGAUGCAUCUUCUUGAAAUACAAGCUGCAAGUCAUAACUUUGACACCAAACUCUUAAUAGGUGAGGGUGGGUUUGGAAAAGUUUAUAAGGGAACUCUUCGGGAUGGUACGAAAGUGGCUGUGAAACGAUGUGAUCCGAAACAUGGGCAGGGCCUUCCAGAAUUCGAAACUGAAAUCUUGGUCUUAUCCAAAAUUCGGCAUCGCCAUCUCGUUUCCUUGAAAGGGUAUUGCGAAGAAGGGUCUGAGAUGAUACUGGUGUAUGAAUUUAUAGAAAAGGGCACUCUGAGAGAUCAUCUCUACGAUUUGAAGGAGAAGCCUAAGAGGUCAUCUAAAAGGUCCAAAUUGUCUUGGAAGCAACGGCUUGAAAUUUGCAUUGGUUCAGCGAAGGGCCUUCAUUACCUCCACACUUCUUCAGCUGGGGGAAUCAUUCACCGUGAUGUUAAGUCAACAAAUAUCUUGCUGAAUGAACAGUACGUGGCUAAAGUUGCUGACUUUGGCCUUUCAAGAUCAGGGCCUCUCGAUCCAAACCAUUUCAGUACUGUUGGCAUAAAGGGUAGCUUUGGUUAUAUGGAUCCUGAAUAUUUUAGAACCUUUGAGUUCACAGACAAAUCUGAUGUCUACUCCUUUGGUGUUGUACUUCUUGAGGUGCUUUGUGCCAGACCAGUUAUAAUUGACUCGCCCAAGAGGGAGGAGGUGAACCUGGCCGAAUGGGGGAUGUUUUGGCAAAAGAAAUGGCAACUUGAAAGAAUUAUCGAUCCGUUGUUAGUGGGAGAAAUUAACCCUGAUUCAUUGAGAAAAUAUGGUGAAAUAGCUGAGAAGUGUUUGAAGGAUCAUGGAGUUGACCGGCCUUCCAUGCUUGAUGUGCAGUGGGACUUGGAAUAUGCACUGCAGCUUCAACAAACUGCAUUGCACAGUGAAGACACUACGACAAAUGCUUAUUUGGAAUUGCCUUUGCCUUCUGAUAGCGUCCCACAUUGGGAAGAUGAUCAUGUGCCCAUACCAGCGGAUGAUGGUUCGGAGGCAAGAGAUAGUGAAGUGUUCUCUCAGAUGAGAAUUGAUGGUGCCAGAUAGUCUCAACUCUCAACUGCGAGAUUUGCUGUUAAGAUUUUUUUUUUUUUUGAUACCGAAGAAGAAAAUUACAUUGAACUAGGGCUGAGCAACCUGAAAUAAUACGAAAGUACAUAAAAUCAAUGCUUUCGAAGAUGUGAGCCUAUUUAUUCUUGGCACGGAUGACAAGAACGGGCCACUAAUGAAGGUAGUAAAUGGUGGAUAAGAAAUACAAAGGACCAUGCUGUUAAGAUUGUUAUUUUUACUUUAGUUCCCCUGUAACUGUUAGGAUGUUUCUGUAUGCUUUUAUUUGUCUUUUCACUUUUAAGUUUUGUUUUUGUUCACU